AUGAAAGUUAAUAAAAAAACAUUUCUUCAAGAAAUUAUAACUAGUUCAAAAUCUAAAAAAGAACUUAUUAAGAAAUUAUCAAGAGAAGACCCCGAAUACUUGAUAGAGAAUUUAAAAAAUAUUGAAUAUGUUGCUAAUAUAAUUUAUGAAACACCGAAAAAUGUUAAUAAUAAAGAAAGUGAAAGUGAAAAUGAUAAUAAUGAAGAAUUACUAAAGAAAAAAACAAAAAAAAGUCCAACUCCAUAUAAUAAUUUUGUUAAAAAAGAAUAUCCUAAACUUAAAGAUGAUUAUGAACAUGACCAGAUAUUGAGAGUAAUUGGUACUAGAUGGAAAACAAGUCCUAAGAAUCCUAAAAAUAAUUCUUAA